CAGCCUUGUGUGUAUCCCUCCGCAUAUGAAUCUCAUCACAGAGAACAGAAUGUUUUGUUCCUUCAUGGGGAGAAUGUUGGGUGUGGAAGAUUCCAUGGCAGUUGGGAAUGACAGUUGGAGAGAGGAGACCAAAGAAAAUGCAAUGACUUCAGGACCCUUUUCAGGAGGAAUGAAUCAGACCAGGCAGGGAGGGAAGUUAGCAAGACACAGUGUAAAGUGUUUAAUGAGACUGUCGUUAAGGGGGCUAUGGGGAAAAAGAUGGAUUAGAAGAAAUCAACAGAAUGAAUCCGAGAAUAAAAGGAGAGCACCAAGAGAAAUGCACUGAGAAAUCUAGCAUGUGAAGGUUUGGAGGAGCCAGAGGAGGGAAGAAGCUGGCAGCUGAUGAACUUUGAGGAAUGCAGCUCCGAGUUCCCCCGUUUUUGCCUGAAAUUCCAGUUGGGCUUUGUCAGAGUAAAAGUAUCAGAUGGUAAACCAUUAUGGUUCACCAGCUGAUUGGCAGUCAGAGUCUGGAGUAUCAUCUGAGUACCAAAAUGGCAGAACUGUUUAUGGAAUGUGAGGAGGAGGAGCUAGAACCAUGGCAAAAGAGAGUGAAAGAAGUUGAGGAGGAUGAUGAUGAUGAUGAUGAGCCAAUCUUCAUUGGGGAGAUUUCGAGCUCCAAACCGGCCAGUACAUAUAUAUUGAACAGAGUCAACCUCAGCUCAUCACGAACGGGGAUACAGAAUGGUGCACCUAGUAGAGGUACAGUUACUACAUUCAAGCCUGCCAGUCAACACUAUACAACUCCUGCAUCCAAUCCGGGUGCUGUCACUGUUUCGCCAGUCUUUCAGUCUGUAUCCAGACCUGCAACUAGCUCUGUAGCCGUUCAGCCGUUGUCUAGACCAGUGACUGUUUCAGGAACUUCACAGACGCUACAGAGACCUAUUGCUGGAUGUUUAUCAGCUCAGCAGAUACCCGGGUCAAAUUCUGGAAUAUCACAGCCUCUUAGCAGACCUGUAACCGUUCCAGUAAUGACAGAGCCAGUAUCAAGAGAUAUUGCAAUUCCUGUAAUGGGUCAACCCGUACCGAGGCCAGUGGCUACAGUAACAGCACAACCUGUAAUAUUAAAUCAGGGUUAUAUUGCAAGUUCUCCACAAGCUGUACCAAAUAAUACUUCGGGCAUACUGUUCGGCUUGAGACAGAAGUCAGGAGUUCCUCACUACCAGAGUGGAUCAGUGGUGACUAUGAUAGGUCUGAAUGAGAGUGGUCUUGUGUCUAAGCGUCCAGCUACUUCGGAAGUCAACAGUGUUACUCCAAAAAAGGCCAAGCCUAAUGAGGUUGGUGCUGGAAGCAAUUCAGCUGUAUCACCUUCAGUUAAAUCUCCAACAGUAACACCAUCACAAAAUGUUUCUUCAAAAGGUACUAAUACUACAUCAAGCAAUGUUAAAAAUGGAGCACCUUUUCCACGAGCUUGUCCAAAAUGCAAUAUUCACUUCAAUCUUAUGGAUCCUCUAAAAAAUCACAUGAAGUAUUGUUGUCCAGAUAUGGUGAAUAACUUCUUUCUGGGAAUGUCCAAAACAGAAUGUUCAAAUACACCAAGUAAGACUGCUGAAUCUGAGAAAGGAAAAUUGAUCAUGUUAGUUAAUGACUUUUAUUAUGGAAAGCAUGAAGGUGAUGUCCAGCGGGUACAACAGGAACAGAAGACUCAUACAACUUUUAAGUGCUUCAGCUGUUUGAAAGUUCUUAAAAAUAACAUAAGGUUUAUGAACCACAUGAAACACCACUUAGAGCUUGAGAAGCAGAGCAGUGAAAGUUGGGAAAGCCACACCACCUGCCAGCACUGUUAUCGUCAGUUUCCCACACCUUUCCAGCUGCAAUGCCACAUUGAAAGUACACACACCCCUUAUGAAUCAUCUACUAUUUGUAAAAUCUGUGAAUUAUCCUUUGAAACAGAGCAAGUUCUUUUGCAACAUAUGAAGGACAAUCAUAAGCCAGGUGAAAUGCCAUAUGUUUGCCAGGUGUGCAGUUACAGAUCAUCAGCUUUUUCAGAUGUAGAAACCCAUUUUAGAACUGUACAUGAAAACACAAAACAUUUGCUUUGUCCAUUUUGCCUCAAAGUUAUUAAAAUUGGAGCACCAUACAUGCAUCAUUAUAUGAGGCAUCAGAAAAAAGGAAUAUACCGUUGUACGAAGUGCAGAUUGCAAUUUUUGACAUGCAAAGAAAAAACGGAUCACAAGACUCAGCAUCACCGGACAUUCAGGAAACCUAAGCAAUUAGAGGGAUUGCCUCCUGGAACUAAAGUUACUAUUCGAGCUUCUGUUGGACCUCUUCAAUCUGGAACAUCUGCCACAUCUUUUAGCACAAGCACCUCCACAUUUCAGUUAUCUCCCAAAACUAAAAAUACAAACACUAAAAAUCACAACAAAUCUAAUACAAAUAAAUCAAAAGUAAAAUCAUCAACUAUACAGAAGAAGCAAAACACAUUUACUAGCAGCAGCAGCAGCAGCAGCAAAAAAAAAAAAAAAGUUGCCAAUACAGCAUUGCAUAAUCUAAGGUAUCGUUUGGGAGUUCAUAAAUGCAUUGAAUGUUACUCAGAAAUAAAAGAUUUCGCAAGUCACUUUCCGGCAUAUGUCCAUUGCAGCUUAUGCAGAUACAAUACUAGCUGUAGCAAAGCCUAUGUGAAUCAUAUGAUGAGUUUUCAUAGUGCUCGUCCAAGUAAAAGAUUUUGGAUCUAUAAGAAGCAUUCAGAAGAACUGAGGGAUGUUACUGUAGUGUGUCUUAAUUGUGAUUUCCUAACUGAUGUUUCUGGCUUAGAUAAGAUGGCCACACAUUUGAGUGAAAGACAUACUCAUACUUGUCAAGUUAUUAUAGAGAAUGUUUCCCUAGGUUGCCCAGCUGCUGAACACAUUUCUGAGUUAAAGGCAACUUCUCUCUCUCUGGUGGAGAUUUCAAAGUCUGAGCAAAAUUCAAGACCUAGUUUGCCUGAAGAAAAAACAGAAACAUCGACUUUUGAAAGCAGACAAGCAAAUGACUCUUCAGAGGAAACCAAAAAAGAAUGCAAUGGAAAUCCAACUAACAAUGGCUCAUCAUUUGAAAAGGGUGAAGGAAGUACAUCAUCAAAUAUGGAAAAUGACUCCAAUCUAGUACUCCAGGACAACUAUUCAAGAAACUCGUCAUGUGAGACAGCAGUAUGUUGUGUUUCAGAUAAUAAUGAUCAAGUCAUAGAGGACAAACAAAAAAAACAUAUUUGUAAUGAAACUGAAUUGAAAAUUUGCCAAAGUUCAGAGAAUGCUAUCUUGAAUGACCAGACUAAAGAAGGUAGCUUGGAUGAAACUAGGCAUGCAGCUUUGAACACAAAGGACUUAAAACUGACAUUGGGUGAAGAUGUUAGUUUUGAGCAGUUUUUGAGAAAAAGAGAUGAACCUGAAUCUGUUAGUUCUGACAUUAGCGAGCAAGGCAGUAUUCAUUUGGAGCCUUUGACUCCAUCAGAGGUACUUGAGCAUGAAACUACUGAGAUCCUUCAAAAAGGUAAUGUUGCACCUUCAUCAAAGAAAGCUGAACUAGUUUCUGAACAAACAGAUGACAUUCCUAAAGGAAGCAGUCCUAGCAGAAUGGAGACAACUGUAAACCAGACAGAUGAGAAUGAAGCAAGCUGAAAUUAAACUAACUUCAUUCAGUAUAAAGUAGUAUGCUAUAUAAAUGAUGGUAAGAACACCAUGGACCAUUCCUGAUGCGUAUGCUUAUUGAUGCCGAUUCAGAGUAUUAAGAUAGAAAAAUAAAAGGGUAGAUGUUAUAUAUGAAGGAAGCAGUUUAGUAACAAAAUAUUACAAAGAAUAGCACAUUGGCAUAUAUCUCCAAGAGAUAGGAAGAGGAUAUGUUUUACUAGUCUGGCACUUGAAAAUGGAAAAAAAAUCAUUUUCACAAUGAUGUUGCCUACAGUAAAGUGGUUUGUUACCCAAGAGCAAAAGAUUGAGAUUAUUGUUGUGUGUGAAGGUCAUCACCAUGUGGAAAUCUUAGAAUCACAAGGAUUAAGUAAACCGACUGCUGAAAUAGAACAUGCUCACAACAAUGGUGCAUUCACCUAUUGACAGUUUGGAUAAAUAGAAACCUACUUUGGAUUUGAUGUCACAUUCCUGUCUGUCAAAGCAUGUAAGCAGAACUAAAUGAAUCUAUGCACCUCUGUACAGGUGUAAUCUUGCCAGGUUGUAAACUUACCUUAAACUUUCAGUGAAAGUGGAAAUUACAUUAUAAAUACAUAUAUGUGAGAUUUCUCAGUGUGCAAGCUGUGCAGAUUUACCUGACGUACUAGUUGUAUAAAGUAGGGCAAUACUGCUCAAAGUAUUGUAGCUGUUAGGCCAUUACAGUUGUUUUAAUGAUUUUUUAUUAGUGAUAGACCCAUAUGAAUGGUCUUCAAGUGAAACCAAAGUACGGUUUAAUGCAGAAACUGUUUUAAAAAAAUGAACUGGAAACAGAAAGGCGUGUAUUCUGCCAUUUUGCAGCUGCUGCUUGCUAACUGUUACAAAAAAGACUCAAGGGCAUAUAAAGCAGAGAUGUAUAAUUUGAUUUCAGGACUUUUUGUAGUCUAACUUAUAUACAAGAAGAUGGCUGCUGAAACGAUUUUGCAGCAGGUUUUUUGUUCUCUUUUUUUUUUUUUGGCUAUGUAGCUAGCAGCUAGGUAUAGGAAUGCAUAAUAUGAUUAACAGUAGCUUGCUUUGAAAUAUUAACAAAACUUCAUUAAAAUGCUCCAUUUGAAUCCUUUACAAUGUGCAUUUGACUCUUUCAGUUUUGUUUUUAAUGAAUGUUAAAUGUUUUGAAUAGCUAUUAAA